CUUGACUCGUCUGUCAUUUCUUAUCACUUAUGUUUUGAGGUUAUUGAAAUGCCGCAGUGUUUUUGCUACAGUUAAUAAUUAACUUUGAUACGUUUAUUGUAUUAAGCUUUACUGUCGUACUCUUAUCUUAAAUGAAAUUGUGUUCCUAAUUUAUCAUCUAAGAACUUUUCGACCAACCAUGGAGGAAACAGAAGCAAAAGAAUUCGAUGCCUCAAUAGGUGGCACGGAACACCUACCUUUUUCAGCGAACAGUUUAAGAUUUGCGUCUUCUAGAAGUGUUGAAAUAGCUGCAAUGACUGAGAGUAUUCUGAGGCCAAGUAAAUCUAAACUUAUAUUCCAAACACUGCCUGUUCACAUGAGGCGCCGUGUUAUGAGCCACAACUGUAAAAGAUUACCUCGUAGGUUGCGAAGAGGUCAUUUAGAACAACUGAAGAAAAGUGGUUUACCUCCUAAGCAAAAGCGCCCGUCAAGGAAAUAUAGACGAAGACCGGCAAAUUUAUUGGAAGAGUAUAAUAGACGACAGAGGCAACAUAUUUGGUUAGAAACACACAUAUGGCAUGCAAAGAGAUUUCAUAUGACUGAACGAUGGGGACAUCGACUACCGUAUGCGCCAUGCGACAAAGCUUUUCGGGCUUGUUAUAGAGGCAGCUCUGCUCACUGCCUCCUGCAAGAUAUCUCUUAUUACACACCCAUUCAGAUAACAGGGACAGUUGCACAGAUUAAAGAAGUGUUUGCUAAGAUUACUAGCUGUAUGUGUGGUCUUAGCAUUGGUGCUAUGGCUUACAUCAAUGGCACAAGACAAGGAACUGUACACAUCUAUGGAGUAAACACCUUUCCAUUUGGUUAUGUUGGGAAAGUAGAGUUUAUUUGGGUCCCAAGUGAUAGUAUCAGUAAAACUUUGUGGCUUUUUGUCCAUCCAUCACAAGCCAGUAUAAUACAAUCGGUUUUAACUGAUGCAUCCUGUUUACAAGAUAAUAAUGAUUAUGAAGUAGCAAAGAAAAAGAGAAAAGUUGACAGUGUAACAGGGAGUAUUGAAAUAAAAGUGAUGCAAAGGUUUAAUAGAUUUCGACUAACAGGGCCAAACAGCCAUGCAAUAUUGGCAGAGAGUUUGAAAUGUGUUAAUGAAGAUCUUAUUAAAAAUGCCAAAUGGACCUUACUACAUAAGCCUAAAGAUUUGAUAGAGAAAAAUGAAUAUUGGGAAACAAUAAGUACAGCAAAGUCUCCAGCACAGCUUCCUUCUCAUAUGGUUGUGGGAUUAGUUGUAAUAGAUCCUCGUUUGAGAAGACCUAGACACCGCACUAAAGCAAAACAAAAUACAGACACAGAAAUUAAUACAGACACUUUGCUUAAAAUUCCACCUUUUCUCUCAAACUCUCCGCUAUGGGAUAUGAGAAUACAUGAAUCAAUAAAAAAGGAGUUAAUGACUAAUGGCCAGUUUGUUAAACACAUAACCAGAAACAAUCUUGUCCCCGGUGCAGUAGAUGAAGAUGAUCCAGCACUACAGUGCAUACCUGUUGUAUUGGUUCAGAGACCUGGCUCCCAAAACUCAGAAUUUAAAAAACUUGGAUAUGGCAGUGGAUGGGACAUUAUAAUACCUUCAGGAUAUGCCCUUCCUUUCUGGUUAACAUUCAUCAUGUUUGGAGCAAGAUCAGGAGGCCUACGAGAAACAGAAAGCUUAGCUUUUGAAAUGGGAGAGUGCUAUUUUCCACCAGAUUCAAAUGCAGGGAAAGAAAAUGAAAAUCGAAUAGAAUCAGAAAUGCGAGAUAGAUACUUCAAGCUACCACCAAGUAAAAGGGUCAACUACAAUAAAAUUGCAAUUAAUAGCCCUUUUAGGUGUCCUUGGAACAUAUUGCUUAGUGAUUGGAGUGAUGAUAAAACCGAUGAAUUCUUUGUUUUAAGGAAUAAAACUAUGUUGAAUGAAAUACAGGACUGCAUAACCCAAAAGAAACACAUACCAAAUAUUGAAAAUGCCUCUAUGUGUUUAGUUCCAGUUUAUAUAAAAAUAACAGCCAAAGGUAGUUUACAAAGACAUGCACUUAUCUGCUUGCCUGAAGUAAGUGACCUGGUUAAUGUGAAGACAUUAUUUGAACCACACCAUGAAGACCCCAAUGAAAAUACCAGAAAAUUAAAACGCAAAGAACAUAUUAAGUCUUUAAAGAAAAUCAAAAAGAAAACUUAUAAACUGAAGAAGAAACUUCAACAAGAAAAAAAACCUAUGUACACAAAGAAGUUACGUAAAAUACAUCGACAAGAGCCUUCAGAGUAUGUUAAGACAAUGAGAGAAUUGUGGCUUUCAUCCCAAAUAGAAACGGUACGCAAAGUCGGCGCCAGAGAAGUGAUGGGCUAUGUUGUCCAAGGUGCUUUCAGUUUCACUGAAGCCAGUAGUUGUGGUGUAGGAUACAUUGCUUAUAAUGCAUUGAAACACCUACUGGACACUGGGAUAAAUCAAGUUCUUGUAAGGAACCCAACAUCGAGAAAAUACAGACUAGCAAAUAUAGUAAUCAUAAGAAAUACGUAAAUAAAAAUCAUAUUUUAUAAAAUUAUGCAUUUAUUUUUUUCACUAAUUAUGUUAUUACAUAUUCUAAUCACCAUAAAAACCUACAUUUCUAGGUUUCACCUUCGGUUUAGGAUGAAUAGCAAAAAUAAUUUACUUUCAAACUCUGUCAACAAUAUUAUAUUGAUACGAUACACCCGCAUUCUCUUUCAGCACAACAAUGAUUUAGGAAUAAGUCAGUUGUAACAUAUUAUAAAUAUUCUCAAGAUUGUUUAUUUAUGAGAUUUCUUUAAUAUAUUAGCAUGAUACUAGUACAUUACAAUGUAAAUGCUUAAAUUUGUACGAGGUCAACUCUGUCCAGAGUAAAGGUUUUCCUAUAACUAUGGUUUUACAUUAAAAUGCGUACAUCGAAUUUAUUGGGAUAGCCCCGCGGAUACAGUAUACAAUGUAUGCUACUACAGACAGACUCCAGGCAAAACUGAAUGUUCGGCUUUAGCCGAGACGGGCAACAUCAUGAGCUGUACACAGGCCCACUGUACCGCCAACCCUAGAUCUUAGACCGCUUCCUAGCAAUAGCGUCCUCGACCGCCUUCAAUUGUUUUAACAGCUCCUCUCGUCUCGAUACAGAUUUCUUCGCAGGUCCCGAAUUUACUGGAGAUGUCGCCGCACGUUUUUUGCCGCCGCCGGAUUCUGUAAAGUUAUUUAUUGUCAUA